UUUUGGAGCUUUUAUUUCCUUUUCAUCAGUUCUUGGGCCAGUGGCCCGAGGGUGGAGAAGAGGACUUAGUAGCAGUAGAAAACCGCGUCUCAAGUGGUGGCAUCGUACCAGCGAAUAAGAUGCUUAGCAGUGCGGGACGGAAGUAACUACCGACUGGAAGGCAAUAAUAUCCGCGAUGUUGGGAGCUCGUACUCUUUAACUUGGGUUGCUAAGCCACGGUCGGUGUGGCCUAUGACGUUGCGGAUGCUGGGUCGCCACCUCGACGCAUAUAAGUAAACAAUAUCGCAACACAUCACUACCCAUAAUACUUGCAAUACCUACCUGACUAUCUGUUUCAAACAAACCCUGUCCUUCCCUCCCUUUCCUCCCAUCAAGAGAAAUCAAACAAUAUCCAACCAACCCUCUUAAAAAUGCCACACAAAGACACCAACUCGUUGCCCAACGGCACAGACGGUACCUCGGAUUCUUCCGCCAACCGCCUCGCAGCAACGGGAAAUACCCUCGGCGCGUCCGCCUUUGGCACAGGCAUGGACCAGAACAGUGGCUCGAUACCCGAAUACCUGUCCACGGGCUCGGAGGAUCUCAGGCCUUUGAGCAAGGAGGAAGCGGAUAGGUUAGUCAACCCAACCACCACCACCACAAUGCCCACCCUCUUCCCCGAAGUACCUACCUCCAUCAGAUCCGACCUGAUCACCGAAGUUCCGACCUCUGUCAUCUCGGAGAUGACGAACCCGACAGCUUGGUCGUCGGUGGCGAGCGAGUGGAAAAACGGAAUCAUCCCUUCAUGGUACAGUAGUCUGAAUGGGGAUGUGAAAUCGUACUUUUCGACGGCGUUUGAAACAGCUUCGCCUUCCACCUCGUCUUCGCAUGGUGGUGCUGGGCCCGCGGCUCCGAAGGCCACAGGCAUGGCGGGUAUUAUGGGUGCUGCGGGAAUUUUGGGGAUGGCGAUUGUUUUGUAG